GGUUUGAGUCUAUUUUCGCUACUAAAAUCGAGGUUAUGAUACAAGUCAAAGAUAAAUCAAACAAAUAAAUUUUUUUGUUCAUCUAACAAGUUAUCAUGCGUGAGACCUGGUGAAACUGCUGUGUGAGACUGAAAAAUCUAUGUCAAAAAGUAUGAAGAAAUGUUAGUGACAUUUUAUUUAAAUUAUUAAAUAAAAAAAAAUACUAAACCUGUGCUAUCAAUUAAAAACAUGGGAAUUAAUCCGCUAAGUAUAAUUUUGGUAAAAAGCGAUAGUAAGGGUGAUAGAUUGUUGUUUCGGUAUCCACAUGUAACAAACCAUGUAAGAGAUUCAAAUCAGUGCACUAAACGAAAGAAUCCUUAUUCAUUAACUAAUACAGAAGACUUGUUGCAGUCUUUACCACUUGCAACAUCAAAUAUAAGUAAUGGGAAUCUAACUGGUUUAACAGAUGAAGUACUAUCUACUUUAUUCGCUGUAAAACCAGAAUUAUGUGAGCAGAAAUUUGAAUUAAAGGUAAAUGAUGUUCGCUUUGUUGGACAUCCAACUCUAGUCCCAUCUCGUGGUUUAAAAGAAGUAAAUUCCUCUAUGCUUUUCAAUAUAGUCUUUGCACUGCAAGCACAAGCAAAUCAUUCAAUAGUAAAAUGUUACUAUGAUCUUAGUAAAAGAUUAGGCAUAGCACUGAGACAUGAAGAAAAAAGAUGUGGUUUUCUCACAGACGAAAUAAAGAUAAUGGUUUCUACACAUGAUGAAAUUGCUGGGAGAUCUGAGGGUGAAAGCGAUUGCGAUGAACUACCAUAUGAAUUAAUCCUUCAAAGAAGCUCACUUGCUCGUGGUUUAAAGUCUGUGUUUAGUAAUCUCAGUACUUCUGGCAUAGUUAGUAUUAUGAUCAAUAAAUGGAUCCAAGUGCGCUUUUGUCUUCCUCAAAAAGUUCAUCAGUCGCAUAAAAAGGGUUUACUCAUUGAUCCUGAAAUUAUAGACAGAUGUUUAAACAAUUUGAGACCUUACCAUGGCAUACUUUUAUUAACUGAGCCAUUAGAGUUACUAGAAUCUUUGCAAAUUGACUGCUCUCCAGCACUAAAACGUUUAAUUCAGAUGUACAAUCCGUUAAAAAGUCUACAAACUCUAGCAGCAGAUUCAGAUCUGACACUUGCACAGGUGUUUCAAUUAACUGGCCAUUUAGUUUAUUGGGCAAAGGCUACGAUAAUUUAUCCACUUUGUGAAAGCAACGUCUAUGUCGUUUCUCCUGAUGCUGUUUUGACCAGUCAACUAUUGGAUUCUUUCUCUGAACAAUUCCCAGGAGUUUGUUUACUUCAAGUGAUCAGCGAUUUCUCCUUACCAACUUCCAUUAGCCAAAAGUUGAAUCCUCUGAGCCAGCCACAGCAGCAAACGCAAUUAGUAAAGAUAAUCAUAUGGCUAUUGAAGAACCAUUUGCUCCUACAGUUGCAUACAUACGUGCGAUAUAUACCAACAGCAUAUGAACGUUUAUUACUAGAUAUGAAAGAUCAGGAAACGUGUGAUAUAAGCGCGAUAGAAGAAAGUGAAAGCACAUGGAGUUUAAAUGACACGCCAACCGAAAUCAAAGAGGAAUUAUCGCUCGAAGAUAAAGAAGACACAUUAUACGACUAUCAAUCGGAAGAUUACGAUAUUCCCUCUGACGAUAGAAAAUUACUCGACAGACUGUGCCGUCUUGGCUACUUUAAUGGCGGUUAUCACCUGGAAGAGAUUAUGUAUUUAGAGAACAUUCGUCGAUCUCAAUUGCUACAACUUCUCGACAAGUUUCGGGAUGUAUUGAUGACUUCCGAGUGCGAGGAUCCCGCCAUAGCACUCUUUUAUAAUCAGUUGGAUUCUUGAUUUUAAUUCUGUACAAGUCCGCCGGAAAGAGAACCUAACUAAAAAUCUCUUAUAUCCAUUUUGCUAAUUGUGAAUGCAAUUUUUUAACACGAUGAAGCUCGAAUAAUGAAACAUUGUGAUAUAACGUUUAUAACCAGUUGAAAAAGAUUACCUUUAAUGUUGUAAAUUCGUAAGUACCUUCAUGAACACAAUAAGAUGUAUACGUGUCAACAUUUGUCUUAAAUAAAAAAUUUUGCUAUAUA